AUGCUGUUUCUCGCCGAAUCUUGUCUCAUCUUUCUCCUUACCUCGCUCACCGAAGCAGCCUCCCUACAGCCAGUUCCUCGACAAGUCUCGCCAGGCAUCCCCAUACCCCCACGGCAAGACCCGUGGUAUACAGCACCCUCAGACUGGGAAUACCGCCAGCCCGGCGAAGUCCUCCGCAUCCGUCGCGCACCAGGAAACCUCACAUCAGUAUUCAACGCCUCCGAGGCCUUCAACAUCCUCUACCGCAGCACCGACACCAACUACCGUCCCGCGUGGGCCGUGACAACUCUCUUCAUCCCCAAGACCGGCAACCAUAGCGCUCUCCUCUCGUACCAAAUUCCCUACAACACCCCAGACGUCGACGCCAGCCCCAGCUAUGCCUUCUACGCCCCUCCCUCCACCCAAGGCCUAGUCUACACAGACAUCACAGGCGCCCUCUCCCGCGGCUGGUACGUCAACGUGCCGGACCAUGAAGGCCCACUCGCCUCCUUCGCCUGCUGCGUGCAAGAAGGCCACGCAACGCUCGACUCGAUCCGUGCCGUCAAGAAUCAAUUCCAAGGCUGGAGUCUAUCCAACAACACCAGGAUCGCUCUCUGGGGGUAUAGUGGCGGCUCCAUAGCCUCCGAAUGGGCCGCCGAACUCCAAGUCCAAUAUGCCCCUGAGCUGAAAAUCGAUGGCGCUGCUCUCGGCGGUCUCGUGCCUAAUCUCACUGCUGCUCUCCCCAAUCUCUACGACGGCUCAUACUUUGCGGCUCUCAUCCCCUCCGCCUUGCUCGGUCUAGCAACGCAACAGCCCUUCAUUAGGCAAUACGUGGAUUCUGAGCUGAAACCCUCAGGCCAGUACAACGCCACGACCUUCGACUCCAUCCGCAACAUGGACAUCCUCUCCGCCUUCAACUUCUUCGCAAAUCAAACCAUGACCAACUACUUCCGCUCCGGCAUCCAAUUCUUCAGCAACCCAACUUUCCUCGACAUCCUCGCCCGAGACUCCAAUAUGGGCGAACACGGCGUCCCUCAAAUGCCGCUGUUCGUGUACAAAGCAAUUCAGGAUGAGAUUACCGUCGUGGCGGAUUCGGAUGCGAUCGUGGAGCGGUAUUGUCAAGCGCGGGUGAGUAUUCUGUACGAGAGGAAUACGGUUGGAGGGCAUCUCGCGGAAGAGACGAAUGGCGAUGCGAGGGCUUUUGAGUGGCUUGCGCAGGUGUUGAGUGGGAUGUUGGAGCAGAGCGGGUGCACGGUGAGGAAUGUGAGUCUGAAUGUGACGGAUUCGUUGUUGUAG